CCGCCGUCCACGGGCGCCGGCCUGCCCCGCUUGCAGGGGGAUGGACGCGGCCGCCAGGCCCGCGGUGCGGUACGGGAGGCGCAAAGGCCAGAGACGGGAGCCCACGCCUCUGGCUUCUUGGAGACAUGCAAGUAGAUUUCUAGAGCCUGUUUCUCCUCUCACGAGGGUAUACAUAGGAGUAACAACUGAAAUUAAUGAAGUUACAGAGGUGGAAGACCAGGCCCACUGCACCAGCCAAAGGGCAAUUAGCAGAGAAGUGAUUUUAUCUAAAACAGCAAAUGGUUUAGAAGAAUAUAAUGUUCCAGAUAGUAUUUUUCUUCCAAACGGAGUGGAUCUGCACCAGGUUACUGUUCUGCCAAAGGCAGAAUGGGUAAGGAUUCGAGACAGUGUUGACAGUGCAGCUAGAGAAACAGCACGGAUUCAUGCAGAGAGGAAAGAAUGGAAAGAUAUGCACUUGCGUUCCAAAGCAAUUGUGAAAAACUGGCCCAACACCAUUGCAGGCCAGGCACAGAGGAAACUUAAAGCUAAAAAAUUGCGAGAAGAAAAGGAGGAAGAAGAAAGAAAACUACUUGAUCUGGAGGAAGCACAGUUUCAAGCAGCAAAGCGGAAGGAGGCUAUAGAACAGGCCAAAACUUAUCAAUAUUUUCAGAAUGAGAGAGUGAAAGGGUUACAUAAAGCACUUUUACUUACUGAGGUCCUAAAGGAAAGAGAUGCUCAGAUUGAAUUUAAAAAGACAAAGCCAGAUAUUUACAAAAAAAAGGAAGAAGAAAUGGAACGUGAGCAUGAAAAAGCUAUUCUUAAAGAGCAGGAAAAGGCAUAUGAACGCUAUAUGAAUCGACAGGCACUUUGCAGAGACCAUCUGGAACAAAUAAAGGAACAUAAGCACCAGGCAGAAUUAGACAAAUUAGAGGCAAAAAAAGAAGGCAAAGAGAUUCAAAGACUGACUAAGUUAUAUGAAUUGGAAGUGCAGAAAGAAAAUGAAAAGAAACUGGAGGAAAAACUUGAACAUAGGAGGAUGCAUUGUGCGCAUGUUGCUGACCAGGAUAUUCUUAAAGCUGUACAGGAACAAAAACAAGAAGAGGAGAAUGAUAAAAUUCGAGCUCACUUUAAAGCAAAACAAAAUAUGAACAAACUGAGACGAGAAAAAGAAGCUGAAAUGAACAGGUUAAUGCAGGAGCGUAGGGAUAUUACUAUUAACCGUCUAGUUGAACAAAUGAAACAGACAUUUGAGAGGAUUGAUGAACGUGUUGCUAGAGAUGUUGCAGAGAGAGAAGCUGAGUGGGAAAAAGAGCUCAAAGAGAAAGAAGAAAAAAACAAAGCUGAAUUGAAAUCAAUUGCAGAACACAGAGCCACCGUGAUAAAAAUGAAAGGAGAGAGAGAAAGAGAGGCAAGAUUAGAGGGUAAAGAAAAGCUUCAUGAACUAAUGGAAGCAGACCGCAUCUAUCUGGAAAUGGAGAAAGACAAGAAACGAAGAAAUCGCAAUGAAAACAUAAAAAUGCAAGAGACUCAUAUCCAGCAAAUGGCUGAAAAACGGGCAAAAGAACAGCAUGAGAAACAAGCAGAAUUGAACUAUGAGGCCCAGAAAGAAGUUAUUGCAAUUUGCAAGGAGCAGGAAUUUCAAGAAUAUGCAAAUCAAGUAAUUGAUUCAGAAUCCAAGACAGCCCGAAAUAUUUAUCCUCUCCUCAAAGCAGCAAAGGAAGGGGCAGGUGGCGGCCAUGGACCAGUUUACAAAGAAAGAGGAGGAAUAAGACCUAGUUACCAAGCACGAGAUAUCAAUGGCACUCAGCUACCUUCUUAUAAUUGUAACACUACUGAAGUAAAAGAGCUAAAUACCAAUGGUAACAUCCAGCAAACUAAGGGAAGACUUGGUUUUACAUGAUGAAAAUGAAGGACA